CAACGCGGCGCUUUUUCCAUCUUUCGUUUUCAGUGCAACUAUAUUUGCUAUUACCACUCAGAUGGUCAGAACCGGUGAACCCUCACUUCAGAAAAGAAAAUAUCUCGAGUAAACCGUUCUGAGCACAUGCUUGGUAGCAUCCCCCUCGUCAUCUGAAUUACAGGACCUUCUCCGGACUUCUCAAAAGUGGACGACCCUUUUUCAAGCCCUCUCUUCGCUAUGCGACUUUUGGUGUACCCUGUUCUUUCGCUUUGUGCUGCCUUAGUUUCGUCUUCUCCGCAGGUUCAGCUCCAUAGGACGACAGUGGUGGGGAGGGACAUUACAGGGUUAGAACAAGAUUUUUUCGGAGGUAUACCCUACGCGGAAUCACCUCUUGGACCGUUGCGUUUGCAACCACCAGUAUUUAAACCAGACCUUAAUGUGAGAAUUUUCAAUGCAAGCAGUUUUGGAUUGUCCUGUCUCCAACCGGGAAUGUCCAGUGGCCUUAUUUCAGAAGACUGCUUGACCAUCAAUAUCUUUCGUCCGAGCAACGUUACGGAAAGAUCGUCUUUGCCCGUGUUAUUCUGGACGCACGGUGGUGGCUAUCAAACUGGUUCUGCAUCCGAGUUCAAUGGCAGCGCCAUCGUCGCUCAAAGUGUCGAAAGAGGAACGCCUAUUAUUUAUAUUAAUUUUAAUUACCGUCUGGGGCCUCUCGGUUUCCCCCAGGGAGCAGAAGCUGCAUCUCGGGGCAUACUCAAUCUCGCCAUUGAAGACCAGCUUGCGGCGCUGAAAUGGGUGCAGUUAAAUAUUGGUGCAUUCGGAGGGGACAAGGACAAGGUGACGGUCUUUGGAGAGAGUGCGGGUUCCGGUAUGAUAUCCGUACUCUUUCUAAACCCAUCUAUAUCCAAGUUUGCAAGAGCGGCGAUUUUUGAGUCCGGGUCUGCUUCUUCAACUCUCACAUUUGACGCUCAACGUCGAGAAGACUCCUGGACCAAUUUCGUGGGGGGCGUACCAAGCUGCAGCUCCCUUGUUGGGACGUCGAUCACAGUAGACUGCUUACAGGCCGUGAACUCUUCAGAUAUUCUUGAAGGGUUGUUGCUAGCCGAGGCAGAAACGGACGAACAGCUUCCAUUCGAUCCGACCCUUGAUGGUGACUUUGGUGUUUUCCCAGAUUUGCCUUCUCAAUUGUUUCCCCGAGGCCAGUUCGCGAGAUUGCCCUUUAUCGCCGGUACAAACCUAGAUGAAGGCACCUUGUUUUGUCCCCCGGAGUUGAACUAUACUAAUGACCUCCUGCGUGAAAAUUUGAAUGCGAACUUUUCCCCCCCAACAGUUCCUCGCAACGUUCUGGAUGACUUUUUGGCGUUAUAUCCUGAUGAUCCCUCUGCUGGUUCUCCAUACAAUACAGGAAAUGAGACAUUUGGUCUCGCACCCCUCUAUAAGAAGUGUGCCGCUUUGACGAGUGAUUUAAUGUUUGAGUCCCAAAGGCGCCACUGGAUUCAAACUACUUCGGAAUCUGGUGUCAAGGCAUUUGGAUAUCGUUUCACACAGCGUCUUUCUGCUACGGCGGCCUACCUAGGAGUGUCUCACGGCAGCGAGAUUCCGUUUGUGUACGGUACCUUGGGGUCUCUCAACGAAACAGCUGCAGCGAAUGAGCUCAGCGUGAUGAUGAUCGACUACUGGGUGUCUUUUGCAACGAGUCUGGACCCUAACGAUGGUCAUGGCUCAUCACGUCCCCAGUGGCCGCAGUACACACCGAGUCAACAGGUGCUACUGCAACUAAACGGCGAUAACCUGACUGUCAUUCCUGACGAUUACAAUAAAGAGAAGAUUGAUUUUAUCAUUUCUGAAGGUGCCGUCUUUCGUCACCGUCGUUGAAAAUGAUUGCUUCGUUUCGUUACAUGUUCAAUGCAAUCGGGAAGUAAAACUGAAGUUCUGGGAUUUGAAGACUAAGGGUUGCUAUUGAAGUGAGUGAUUGAUUCGCAGAAAACACUGAAGGGCCGCCGAAUGGUCGGUUCGCCAAGUGGGACCACGACAGCAUAUUUUUCAAUCUCGCCAGAGGGAAGUUAAGACAUGGUUAAUUUUGGGUGGUAUUUCGAUAUCAAUCAGGAUAAAAUUGACCUAGAAGACGUCGUUCGCAACGGUCAAACUGGACCAAACAACCUCUCUUCUCUAUCGCCAUCUGCAACCUUGAACAC